AUGGGAAAUUUGUUCGAAAAAUUGAAGAAUUUAUUCUCUACUCAGAAGUUGGAAGUUUGUAUGGUUGGAUUAGAGAAUGUUGGAAAAACUACGAUGUUGAAUUAACUUUCUAUGGGGGAUCCUUCAUUUACAGUGCCCACAGUGGGUCUCAAUGUCAGAACUGUGAAGAAAGGUGGGGUGACUAUGAAAAUCUGGGAUAUUGGUGGCUAAGUACAAUAUAGGCCAGAAUGGGGAAAUUAUGCUUAAGGUUGUGAUGCACUUAUAUUCCUCGUUGAUACAAGCAAUUAAGCAACUUUGGGUACGUCAAAAAAGGAAUUGCAUAAUUUAUUAGAUAACAAAUCAUUGCGAAAUAUUCCAAUAUUGAUCAUAGGGAAUAAGAUUGAUGUGAAUCCUCAUCUAAAUGAAAAAUAAUUGAUAGAAGGCUUAAACUUGGAUUACAUAACAUCGAAUGGAUGGGCUGUGGCAAUGUGCAGUGCAUUGACAGGAAAUAACAUUACUCAAGUGGUGGAUUGGUUGAUUACUAAAUCAAAAAAGCAAUGAGACUAUAUAUAGUAUUUGUAAUUCAUUCCGAAAUAUAUAUUACAAUUAAAGUC